UAGUGAUGGGUGACAGGGUGACGGGUGACAGACUUUUAAAACAUUUAAAAUAAUGAGCAAUGAGCGAGCAUUAAAAAAUUCACAUUGGUCAAUAUUUUGUUAAUUAUAUUUACAAAAUUAAUUCUUAUGAUAAAUUAAAUGCAUAACUCAGUCUAAAUUACUUUCCAUGUAGUUAAGUGUUGAAUAAAGAAAUGGAAAUUAAACAAGAAUCUAAGGACUCACUCCAGGAAAUUAGAUAUCAAAAUGGAAAUGAUGAAAUACCUUCAGGUUUUCGCCCCUCAGCAAAGGAAAUCAAGCAAGAACCACAAGAUUUCCUUCAGGAAUAUUUUAGUCCAAAAAUAAUUAAGUCCGAAGUUAAAAAUGAAGUUCUCAACCCUAUUAUAGACCAAUUUUUUAUAAAAACUGAACAGGGGUGGCCCGAGAUUAAAUUAAACACAGAAAUAGACAUUUCAGACAUCAAAUUAGAACAUGAACAAGGAAUAGUAAAUAACCAAAAAAAAAUCCAGAAUCUAGAAAGACCUCAGACCACCAAAGGAUAUAAACAGCAAUUUAUUGAAAGAUGUAUUACUAAGACGUGUUUGAGAAAGAUUGAACCAACAAGUGGAAUAUUUAUAUGUAGCCAAUGUGGACAGAUAUUUAUCUCAGAUAGAGAUCUUGUUAACCAUGCAGUUAUUCAUAAGGCAAAGCGAAAGAGAAUUAUAAAUAAUUUGACUAAUGUGGAUAAUAACCUAUUACCAACGAAAACUCAAAACCAACGUUUGGAAAUAGAAGAGGUAAACAAGUGUUUUGAUACUGCGGAUGUCAAACCUUACAUUUGCAGCAUUUUUUUCGAACAGUUCCAGUGUCAAGAAAGCUUGGAGGUUCAUUUCAAUACUCGUCAUUUAAAUAUUUUUCAGUGUAAGAUUUGCUCAGAAUAUUUUAGUAAACAGAUUUUAUUAGACCACCAUAUGUCAAACCACACAGGUAAAAGGGAUUUCAGGUGCCGUCGAUGCCACAAAGAGUUUACUCUUCAGCGUUCCUUGACAAAACAUGUGAAGCAGCAUGUUAAUAAAAGAUUUAUACAAUGUAAAAUCUGUUUAAAAAUAUGUAGUGAGAUUUAUCUGAAAAAGCACAUGACUAACCAUACAGCGGUUAAACGAUUUCAAUGUAAUAUCUGCUCUGUGGCUUUUAGAUCAAAACGUCAUCUAACAAACCAUAACACUAUUCACAAUAAGACUAAAGAUUUUAAAUGUGAUAUAUGCUUGAUCACAUUUAAGUCGAAAGAACAUUUAAAAGUACAUUUAAAAACUCAUUCGAAAAGUAGUAAAUAUGAAUGUAGGAUUUGUCUUAAACAAUUUGAUAAAAAAAUAUUAUUAGCCCAUCAUAAUAUGUCUAGUCACCCCGGCUCAAAAGAGUUCAAAUGUGAUGUUUGUCCUAGUGAGUUCACAAGAAAACGAUCAUUACAAAAACAUCUUGCACGUCACGUAAAAAGCAAUUCAAUGCAGUGUGAAAUUUGCUAUAAAAUAUGUCAAAGUGAGUCAGAACUGAAAAACCACAUGGUCGUUCAUGUGUUCAAACCAAAAUCUAAAAGUAUAAGAUUUUUCCAUCGCAUUGUAAAAGAAAAGCCACCCCCUCAGAGUGAAACUAACGAAGACAUUCCAUGUGUCCUUACCCAUACUAAAACUCGAAAAGAUAAUGAGUGUAAUGAACAGAAAAACACAUUUAGCUGUAAUGAAAUUGAAAAUACCUUUAGCAAUAACGGAACAGGAGAAACUUAUACAUGUAUAAAAACGGAAGAGCCAUUUCUAUACGGUGAAACGGAAUGUGUUACAUAUAAUGAAACAACUGACCCCUUUUUAUUUAAAAAACUGAAACAUGAGCUUACAUACGAUGAAAAAAAGGAAGAAUCGGUUUCAAACAGUACAACGGAAGACAAAUCAACACAUGUUAUUGUUCAUAAUCAAGAUAACUCCUUAAAACAUGACAUGCGACUUCCCACAGGAAAUUUUAAGUGCCAUAUUUGUUUUAUGAGAUAUAAAAACAAAAUCGAUCUAGAACAACAUAUACCUACUCACAUAUUUGACACAUAUCAAUGUCAAAUAUGCCCCAAAAGAUUUAAACAUGCUAAGACUUUGAGAGGUCAUAUGCGACUUCAUACUGGGAAGAAUCUUUUUCCAUGUAAAUUUUGUAACAAAAAGUGCACAACGGAAUAUAGAUUAGAACUACAUAUGCUCGUCCAUUCCGAUUAUAGAUUGUAUAAAUGCAACAUUUGUUCUGGUAGUUUUAAAACAAGUAGCGAUUUCAUUCGGCAUGAGUUUGUUCACAAGCAAAAACAAAAGAUCGCUGGAUGUCUUGACGCUGGACAUGCAGUAACCAAUAAGGAAGCAGAGUAUUCAUCUAAAAAUAACGAAAAUAAAAAUAUGUUACCUAACGUUGAAGCCGAAAAGGGUAAUACUGGAUGUAAACCAACAUUACAAUCGUGUACAGUCACUGAUUUUGGUUGUACAGUAGAAAAAUUAAGUACUAGAGGUGGAAAUGAUUUAUCUUGUAAGGAACAAUCAUUUAUGUUCGGGGGAAUGAAAACAAAACCAUUCACUUCUGACGAAUCUAAUAAAAGUGCCUUUAAGUACAUCAAAACUGAAGAAGACAAAUUAUGUGAUAAAACCGAGAAAUCGAUUAUGUGUAACGAAACAAAAGAGUCGUCGGCAUGUGUAAAAACGAUGGGAAAUGAAAUAUCUUUGGAUAAAGAAAUUAUUACAGGAAAUGAAUCAAAAAAAUCUGUGUCUCUGUAUCAAACAAAUUAUAAAUGUUAUAUAUGUUCUAAAUACUUUUCAGAUGAAUAUAUGUUGCGAAGGCAUAUUACGACAGUGCAUAAUGAAGAAAAAUUGUUUAAGUGUAAAGAAUGUGGCAAAAGUUUAAAAACUCGUAACUCAUUCAGAAAGCACAUGCGAACACAUACCGAAGAAGAAAUGUUUGAAUGUAAAGUAUGUUCUAAAAAAUUUAGAGAAAAGUAUGUGCACAAUGAUCAUAUGCGGACUCAUACAGGAGAAAACCAUUAUACAUGUAGCCUUUGUUCAGCAACGUUUAGAAACAGGACCUUGCUAAGAAAUCAUAUUGCAUCAAGUCACAUGGAAGAAAAGAAAGAAAUAGAAAGGCCAUUUACGUGCAGUAUUUGCUCCAAAAAGUUCACUGCACAGUCGAGUCUAGAUCGCCACAUGGGCCUUCACAAUGAAGGACAAUCUUUUAAAUGUAACACAUGCUCCAAGGAAUUUAAGUUGGAGGUGUAUCUGCAAAACCAUAUGCGGUACCACAUUGGAGAACAUCAAUUUAAAUGUACGAUGUGUGAGAAGCAGUUCAGAAGGAAUUUUACUUUAAAAGAACAUAUGCUUACUCAUUCGAAAGAAAAACAAUUUAAGUGUCCAUUGUGUCCGGAAGAGUUUCAUACGAAAAAACUUUUUUUUAGACACAAAGCCAAUCAUCUCGGUGAUCUAACGUUUAACUGUGAAGUUUGUUCUCAAACUUUCGCGAAUAAUUAUUUAUUCAAAGCCCAUAUGAGUAAGCACCGCCAACAGAAGGCCAACACAUGUAUUAUAUGUUCAGAGACGUUUCCACACCAUGACGAUUUGAAAACUCAUCAACUUACUCAUGGCAAGAAACCAUUCAAAUGUCAUCUCUGUCAAAAACGAUUUAAAGCAAAAGGGAAUUUGAAGUCACAUUUAAAUAGACACUAGUAGAUAAAUGCACGAUUUUAUGGAAUUUAGUUAAUUAAGUUUUUGAAGUUAUACGUUAGGCGCGUUUGGGAGUAAAUGUAUAUGUGCGCGAAUUCAUCAAAAUUCUUGGUGCUACGCGCACCUGUAACGUUAUACGUUUGCUCUGAUUGGGUAUUACAAUGACCUGUCAAAAAUUGUUCGAUGUGGCGGCUAUGGGUAAACAAAUUUUGUGUAUUUGUAUAUAAAAUAAAGGUCGCGAUAGUAUAAAAUUGAAUUCCCUGAGAAAAUUAGGUGGUAUACCAUCAGGUCCAGGACCCUUAUUGACACUUAAUGAUGAAAGCUUUUCGUAAAUUUUGAAAAUCUGGAUACGAUAUGAUGAUAUACUGAGUUAAGACUGAAUAUGGUCAACACUGCAAUUUAAAGUAAUAUCAGUAUAAACUGAUGAAAAAUGAUUUGCGAAUAAGUUGGCAAUGUCAUUGCCACUGGAAGCUACAGAGUUAUUCAGGGUCAUUGAGUCAGGUAUACUAUUGUUUUCACGUUUGCUACCUACAAAUUUCAUUAUGGACAUUCAGUAAAUUGGAAGUAUUUUUAUCAAACCAUCCUGCAAAAAAAUUAUCAUUUAUGACCCAAAUGGGGGGGGGAAGUGGUCACAAUCGUAAAGAGUCAUAAGCAGAUUUUUGCAGGAUUGUUUGGUAAAAAUAUUUACAAUUAACUGGUAAUAUUAUCCGACAAAUUUUUAAAGUUACGCCCCCCUCUCGAAAAUUUUCCGAAAUAGAAAAGUUGUCCGACUCAACAUGAGUAACUGAAUAAAAAUAGUCAUAUGAGAGGGGUAAUCUUUUUUUUUUAAUGGUGGGCCCAAGGACUGCUAUAUUAAGAUACAGAGUUGUAGGUACCACACAUUGUGGUUCUAUGGUUAAAAAGAAUCGAUGUUUCCGACAGGACAAAAUAGUUUAAGAUUUGAAUUACCGAGGCUUUGUAAAACCGCCCAUUUAUUAUUGUAAUAUUUUGACUUAUAUGUGAUUUAAUGGGACCAUUGAAUAUGAAAAUAAACUUGUUCACUAUUUUAA